UCAGCUGUCUGCCUGGUGUUUAUGGUCGGUGAAGUGAUCGGUGGCUAUGCAGCACACAGUCUGGCCAUCAUGACGGACGCAGCCCACCUGCUCACGGACUUCAGCAGCAUACUGGUCAGCCUGUUCUCCCUGUGCAUCUCCUCCAGACCCCCCUCCAAAGCCAUGACCUUUGGUUGGUAUCGCUCAGAGAUCCUCGGGGCGCUGCUCUCUGCCCUGUCCAUUUGGGCAGUAACUGCCGUGCUGGUCUUCAUUGCCAUUCAGAGGAUCCUCCACGAUGACUAUGAGAUCCACAGUGGCAUCAUGGUCAUCACCUCCGGCUGUGCAAUAGGGGUCAACAUCAUCAUGGCCCUUAUCCUCCAUCAGUCCCCAUCCUCCCACGGCCACAGCCAUGGCCUGUCACAUGGCCACAGUCACAGCUCCGCACAGGCAGCGGGGAACCAUGGCAACGCCAGUGUGCGGGCGGCGUUCAUCCAUGUGGUGGGAGACCUGCUGCAGAGUCUGGGAGUCUUCCUGGCAGCCCUCAUCAUCAGCCUUUGGCCUGAAUACAAAAUAGCGGAUCCCAUCUGCACCUUCCUGUUUUCUGUGUUUGUGCUCGCCACAACCAUCACCAUUCUGAGGGACAUCUUCUGUGUACUCAUGGAAGGAGCUCCACGGGGCCAUGACUUUGACUCGGUGAAGGAAGCUCUGCUUACAGUGAGCAGUGUCCGAGCUGUCCAUGACCUCCGCAUGUGGACUCUAACAUUAAACCACACACUACUGUCAGCUCAUCUGGCUAUAGAAGACUCAGCCAAUCCUCAGCAGGUCCUGAUGGAUGCCACGGAGCUGCUUCAGUCCAAACACAGCUUCCGCAGCGUCACCAUCCAGAUUGAGCCUUACUCCAGUGACAUGGCCUUCUGCUCAAAGUGUGUGGGGCCCAUGGACUGAGAGCCCCCAAAACCCCUCAAUCCCGGGAGUCGUGAGAGUAUCCCCCUCUGUGGUGCAAGAACUUCAAGCCGGAUAAUCUGUCCUGAAGCACGUUGGGGGUUUUUUUUUUCCACGGCUGUUGACAGCGCACACAUCUGCUGGCUUGUACCGAAUUUACAGCUUAUCUGUGUGUAGGUCAGACGUUCACUCUCUGCUGUGUGUGUGAGCUCCCCUGAGUGUUGGUGAUAAUGUUCCAGCUCAGUGGGAAAGCUCCUCAUUCUAUCAAUAUUAGCCUUUCUGUGAAGAUAAGGACUGACAAGGUCAGCUACUCCAAUAUGACAAAAAUAAUACUGUCAAACCGCAGUUUAAUGGGUAUGGGUUUUAUGGGUAGUGAAGAUCUCUCUUUUUGUAACUUUUAAAUGAUUACACAAAAGUGCAAUGUUCUAUUUCUGAUAGACAGUCACUGUACACUGAAGCCACUCUUUAGAUUUUGGAUCAUACUUUAGAUGAUACGAAAGGUCUGAGUCUUUUGUCUCAGACCGAUUCCUGAAAGAAAUCGUACACCUCCACCUGAGGUUCAAAAGUAUACAUGCUCUAUCAUAUUGAGUUUUAAAAGAGAACAUAGAUCUAUUUUUUCCAUACAACUUGAUUAACUAUUGAUACGGAGUAGAAAAUGUGCUUCGAUGAUACAAAGAGACGUUUGA